UCACCUCUGUGCGCGUCACUUUGUAAUUUGUAAACAAUUGUUAAAUUAAUUCGAUUUUCAGUUUUUCCUUUACUUAAAGUAAUAAAAUAGUGUUUAAAACCACAGUACAACUUACUCUAAGUGUAAAACAUAUUGAAUAACUAGUGAAUAGUGUAAAACUUAAGCAUAAACAAUAAAAAAUGUCGGAUGUAGAAGUUGAAGUUCCAUCUACGUUUAAAAAGCGUAAUAUAAGAAAUAAAGGCGGCAGAAAACGUAAACAAUCUAGUUCAGAAGAGAAAAACAGUUCAGACUCAGAUGAACAGACAGUGGUGUUGCCAACCAAAAGACCACAGAAGGACAACCCUAAUAUUCAGAAGACCGACACAAAGAGAAGUAAACCACAGAUUGAAGAUACAGUUGACAGUGACAGCAGCAAUGAUGAGAAAACAAAACAAAGGACAACACUAUCGGUACAACAGCAGAGAGAGAACGCCACAGCUACCUACGAGCUAGACACGGAACGCGAUCGAGAUGCACAGGCUAUAUUCGAGAAGGCACAGAAGAUUAACGAAGAAUUACAAGGACAGGCUGAUGAUAAGGUAUACCGCGGCAUGAAUAACUACGCUCAGUAUUACAAGAAGCGUGACACGGCAGCCGGUAACGCGAGCUCAGGACUCGUGAGGAAGGGGCCCAUCAGAGCUCCGGCCAAUCUUAGGGCUACCGUCAGAUGGGACUAUCAACCAGACAUUUGCAAAGAUUACAAAGAAACUGGAUUCUGUGGUUUUGGAGACUCGUGCAAGUUCCUCCACGACCGGUCAGACUACAAGCAUGGCUGGCAGCUGGAACGCGAAGAGACAGAAGGUGGUACUGCUGCCGGCGACUCCGACUACGAGGUGUCCAGCGAUGAGGAGUUACCUUUCCGUUGCUUCAUCUGCAGGAAUAGCUUCACAGAUCCUGUGGUUACCAAAUGCAAACACUAUUUCUGCGAGAAAUGCGCUUUAGAAAACUACAAGAAGUCGAGUCGUUGCUUCAUAUGUAACGCGCAGACUAGUGGCAUGUUCAACCCGGCCAAGGAGUUGGAAGCCAAGCUGCCGAGGCGCCUCGCUGAUGAUGAUGAUGAUGACAGCGGCGAUGAUUGAUUAAUAAAGAGAUUUCAAAAGAAA